AUGAAUAACACCGAGCGGUCAUCCAGUAGCGGUAACGCUCUCGUCGAAGCUCUUGCAAACGGCGGCGGGGGGGCUGGGGAGGCCGCAGCAGGUGGAUUUGGGCUCGGCGUCGGAUUGGCUUUGUCCCCGGAGCUCGCGCAGAAGGUACGUGAAUGCCAUGGGGUGAGCUCUGCUCCCGUGGUUUCUGAGUCUUCGCUGACCUUCCUUAGGGCCGCUCCCGGCGGGACUGCCAACGGGAGCGUGGGCCCCUCCGAGCUUCAACAGCAGCCGCAGGAGGAACAGCAGCAAGAGCAAGAGCAACAACAGCGACAUCGAGACGAUCAAGAGCACCGGGGGGGAAUCGGCACGGACGCUGCGGCUGCAACGAAGGAGGGGCUGGUGACACCAUCUUCAGUGCCGCUAGCAACAAAUCACAACGAGACUACGGACACUCCCGUCUCAGCAGUGGCGGGGGGCAACAGUGAUCUCAACGGCGCUUGCUUAGGCUGCGGCGAUCGUGGUGAGCAGGGCACUCAAGGGGGCGGGCAGGAUGCUUGUGCGGAGCUCUGCGGGGAUGCUGGUGCUAGCAAUCUCAGCGACCGGCGCCAAGAUGGAGACAUCAAACAGGCGGGUGAUGAGCGGGAGGGAACGUGCGGCGGGCAUCGGGAGGAGGGGGGGGCGCAGCACGAUGAGGAGAGAAGGGCGGCAGCGGCGGCUGUUGCUGAGGAGGAUGAUUUGGCGGAACCCCCCGACUCCUGGGAGGAGUUUGACGAGAGCACGGUGCCUCCGGUGGCACCCGCCGCCGCCGCCGUCGCUGCUUCUGCUCCGAGAGAAGAAAAUGGCUUGAAGGCCACAGCCAAAGCCGCAGCUGUCGGGGGUGCGGAUAGUGCUUCCUCGGCGUGCUUGGAAUCGAAACUAGAGGAGCGUGGCCGCCUGUCUGCCUCCGACGGCGGUGGUGAGGCGUCGGGAGCGGGAGGGACUCCGGAGGAGAAAGCUCACCCUGAGCUUUCGUCGGUGCCAGUACUCCUCGUGGACCUAGCCCGGGUGUGCGGUUUUCGCGUCAAGGGUGCCGAAGAGGCGGACAUCGUAGGGGGGAAGGUUCGGGCGGCGCUCCACGAGUCAUUCGCGGAACGUUCCGAGGAACUGUUCGAGACGGGCUCGGCGGUGCACGCUGACACUUCCACGCUCGCGGAGGAGAUGCGCCGGCGAAGCGAGGCCUCCUCCAUGAGGUCAUCCUGGGCAGUGGUGGACUACCCGGCAAUGCUCGGCGGCGGGGUUUCCACCUCAGAGGCGUGGUCGGCGGUUACGACACCGUCCCCCUGCAGGGCGGUGGAGGCCGUGCGGACGGCACUGCUAGGCACCAAUAGACACCUGGUCUGGAAACGCGACAUGCUUGCGCAGCUCGAGGCGGUAGCUACCUCGGAACGCGACGCUAAAGAAAAGAGGCUUAACGCGGAGAGGCAGGCAGAGCUAGAGGCCUGGCGAGAGCGAAGGCGGGAGCAACUCGAGAGACUCAUCGAGGUGCGCCCGAUGUUCGAGAGGCGCAGGGCCAUGGCGGAGGAGAAACUUAUCGCGGCAGGCGGAGGCGUCGACGGCGGCCCGGGGGGGCUGGGGGACGGAGCGGCAGCCGAUCCGGUCUCGGCAGCCGUGGUCCAAAGCCUUGACGCCAAGCUCGAGGACAUCGAUGACCUGAUCGCCAGGCUGGAGAUCGAGGAGGGGGAGGAAGGUUACGGAUUCGUUCCCAGCGACGACGACGAAGAUGAUAACGACCGUGAUGACGAUGAUGACUACCUGUACAACGGCGAGAACGAGGACGAUGAAAACGACUAUGGGUAUGACGCCGACAGGGAGGCAUCGCAACCGCCAACAGAAACCGCCGCCUCCGCAGCAGCAGCAGCAGCAGCAGGGGGCACAACACCGGGGAAAUCAUCAGGAGGGGGGGGCACAAAAGCAUCGGUGCAGCCAGGGGACGUAGCAAACGUGGCAGGGGCAGCAGCGGACGCUGCGGCAAGAAAACAAGCCAACAAGAAAAGGAAGAAGAAAAAAAAGAUAAGUGUCGUCGAACAGCUAAAGGCCAAGGAGGCUUCAGGGGUUUCCGGCAACGGCGUUGGUAGUGUGCGAGAGGGGGGAGAGGGGAAUGGCGGAAAGGAGGGAGGGGAUGGGAGCGAGGUGACCCCGCCUCCUGAGAUGGGCCUCCUGGACGCGGUGGCAGCGAUGAUUUUGGGCCGUUUUCCCCAAGACCCAAGGGCUAGCAGCGAGGAACAUUUCCAGAAGAUCGCGGCCAUGCACCAACACAUGAAGGACGCGUGGCUGGAAGAGUUUGGGCGACUUCCUCCUAUGGCUUGAUCCUGCCGAAACGAGAGGCCGCCUUUUGACUAUUAGUUGGUCCUCGUUACGAGCGGCGGCGUAGUGUCUGUGGGGGCAUAGGGGGAGACGAAUGAGAGACUUGACCGUUUGCCACGAUUGGUGGUCUCGAGGGUGCGUGUGUGCGAUUGCUUGAAUUCUAGUUGAGUAAAUUACGCUUUUACCACAUCUGGGGCAACCUGCUUGAAGGACGCGUAGAUCCCCCCCCGGUUUUGAGCGACGCGGUACCGAGAACGGCGUUGAAGUCCUCGUCGAGAUGGUUCUGAAACUCUGAAAAUGGGGAGGAGCACGGCGUGGAUGUUACCGCCGGACACGAUGGCCACCUCGCCGGGGAGUUUGUUGAGCUCUUCGUCGUUCCGGACGGGCAGCUGGAUGUUGCGGGGGAUGAUGCGGGCCUUCUUGUUGUCGCGGGCGACGUUGCCGGCCGGCUCAAGCACCUCGGCGGCCAGGUACUCCAGGACGGCGGCCAGGUACACGGGAGCUCCCGCACCCACGCGGGACGCGUACUUGCCCUUCUUGAGGGGCGACCGACACUGCCCACAGGGAACUGCAGUCCAGCCCUGCCCGAGCUGGUCGCGUCACUUGAUUGUGGCAUCCUC